AUGGCCGGGGUGCGAACGCUAGCCACGACGCUCUUCACAAUGUCCCAGGCCAUCUUAGCCGCGGAGGUUGGGUGCACGUAUAUUGCCCCUUAUGUCAAUCAAUUGAAGGUGCACUUCGAACCAGGAUUCACGGACCCAAACAAGCUCUUGCCUCUUUGUGUUGCAAUUCAGAAGCAUUAUAAGUCCAUCAAUGCAAAAACGAAGGUCUUGCCAGCUAGCUUGACAUCCACAAACGAGAUAUAUGCUCUGGCAGGAGUCGACCAUAUCACAAUCGCGCCAGACCUCCUGAAACAGCUUUCGCAACCCAGCUCUGCACCUCAUAUGGAGUCUCUCUUUGACUCUGAUGUUGCACCAGCAAUCUCUGUGGCACAAGAGUCAUUUGUCAACGACGAAUCUGCUUACAGGAUUGCCUUCACACGGGACUUGCAUGGAGCAAGCGAAGAGAAACUCACACAGGCAAGUUUGGAUGAAGUUUGA